AUGAUUCCCCUCCGUAGACGUGGCCGGUUUUACGCCAUAGUCGCUGUGGUCAUGGUCUUUCUGGUGUAUCGCUUCACACAAGAUUCGUGGACACGGUCACCCCACUUUGAAACGGUAAAACAACCGAAUCAGCCUGCCUCUGAGCCAGUUCAGGGCUCAAAAGAAGCUUUCGAACCACCCGUCGUACCGCCACCAGUCCAGCUCCCCGAUUCCGAGAAGGAUGCCGACUCUGCCAACCAACCUAAACCGGUAGCACCACACGACGCCUCGGAAUCGCUAGAGAAGGUCGAUACUCCAGAAACAGACAAGUCAGCCGCCGAGAAACCUGUUCAAGCUGGGGACGAUACCAAGGGAGAGGCCGGAGAAAAGACGGAGGGCAAAACGGAGGAUACUAAACAGCCUGCAGAGCAAAGCCCACCGCAAAUUCCUCCUGUUCAAUUCAAGGACCCUCCCAAACAAGCAGAUAACCCUGAUGUUCCCCUGGUCAAUGUUGAUGGCUCAAAGAUUCAUUGGACAAAGCCCAAGGAACAUUUCCCUAUACCCCCUGAGUCUAUCCGACCGAUCCCGACUGGCACCGCUCCCAAUGUCUACAGGAUUCAAUUUGACUUCCAGGGUGAAGAUGUGCAGACAAGUACCACUCGCCUGGAACGAUUAGGCCGCGUCAAGUCUGAGAUUGCGCGGGCUUGGUCCGGUUACCGCAAAUAUGCUUUCAAGCAUGAUGAGCUCUCACCGGCUUCCAUGAAGUAUCGCGAUACGUUUUGUGGCUGGGGUGCGACUCUCGUUGACUCCCUUGAUACCCUGUGGAUUGCUGGCAUGAAAGACGAAUUUGAUGAAGCUGUCAAGGCUGUCGCGGAGAUCGAUUUCACAUACACCGAUUGUAAUGACAUUCCCGUGUUUGAGACUACGAUUCGCUAUCUGGGAGGUCUUAUCGGUGCUUACGAUGUGAGUGGAGGUUCCAACGGACAGUACAAGAUCCUGCUUGAUAAGGCUGUUGAGCUCGCCGAGAUCCUUAUGGGCGUUUUUGACACACCUAACCGCAUGCCAUUGCUGUACUAUCGAUGGCGUGAGCCCUACGCGUCGCAGCCUCAUCGUGCUGGUACUGUCGGCAUCGCUGAACUUGGUACCUUGUCUCUCGAGUUCACCCGACUUGCUCAAUUGACGGGCACCGCCAAAUAUUACGAUGCUAUUGAUCGCAUCACUGAUGCUUUGAUUGAUAUGCAAGCCGCUGGCACAGACAUUCCUGGUCUCUUCCCCCAACGAAUUAAUGCCUCUGGAUGUAACAGAACCGCCGACACACAGACAGGAAGCCUCAGUCAAGAGGCUCGAGAGCAGGUCAAUAAUGCCGAUUUGACUAAAGAACCCCAGGGGUUUGACCCUGCAAAGCAGGGUGAAACUGCAGCUUCUCCUCCCCAGCUUAAAGAUGAUGGCCGCUGGCAUGAUAAGCUUCGUCGUCGUGAUGCACCCUCGCCAGAUCAGUCACCGCCUCAAUCUCAGCAGGUACCGCCUUUGGCUGCGGAUGGGUCCACAGCCGAUUGGGAUUGUAAGCCUCAAGGUUUGGUUUCCGGCAGCCCCAACGUAGGUCAGUAUCAUAUGGGCGGCGCUCAAGAUUCAGCCUAUGAGUACUUCCCCAAGCAAUAUUUACUCUUGAAUGGCCUCGAACCCAAGUACCGUGCCUUGUAUGAGAACACUAUCGAUGCCAUUAAUGAAUGGCUACUUUACAGACCAAUGAUCAAGGACGAGGGUUGGGAUGUAUUCUUCACCGGCAAACUGACCACAUCAAGCAGGGGAGACUCUGAAUGGUCAAGAAGCUAUGAAUUAGCACAUCUAACAUGUUUCAUUGGAGGCAUGUAUGGAUUGGGUGGCAAAAUCUUUGGCCGUGAUGGGGACAUUGAUAAGGCUAAGAAGCUCACUGAUGGUUGCGUAUGGGCAUAUCAGUCGACCGCGACUGGUCUCAUGCCAGAGUUUGCUCAUCUGGUAGCAUGCCCUGCCCUAGAAAAGUGCCCCUUCAGCGAGGAGAGCUGGUACGAAGACCUUGACCCUAACAGCGAAUGGCGCGAUAAUGAAUUCCGCAAGUGGUCUGAAGGCGAGGCACUGAGGAAAGUUGCUGAAAGUGACGCUGGAAACAACCCGCCGGCUCAAGCAGACAAGCCGGUCGACUCGAACAGUGGCUCAAAGCCUGCAUCUGAACCAGCUGGGGCUCUCGCUGCCUCUGAAGAAGCCCCGAAAGUGAUUAAACGGGAUGGUAUGGAGAUGCCUAAAUUGGACAAGAGUAUGGAAGAGGACCGUUCAGAAUUUGGCUCGACUCUCCCCGAUUCCCUCAAACAGAAAAUUGGCCUGAACAAGCCUGCAGCAGAAAAGGCCGAUACAAGCAAGACUGAUGCUGAUCAACCCAACUCUGCCCAAGCAGAGUCAGAGAACAAACCCGCUGCCGUUGAAGACACGGCAAAGAAGGCAUCUGAAACCAAGCCUGCCAUUCCAGACAGCUUCGAUGCUAGGAAGCACGGGGCACAAGUCAUUGCUCCUCUAGAUGAUAUACCCCUAGAGAGACCGCAGACACAUGAAGAAUACGUCAAGUCUAGGAUUGAGAAGGAACGACUACCUCCGGGUUAUACUGAUAUCCAGAACCGAAACUACAUGCUUCGACCUGAGGCUGUUGAGUCCGUCUGGUACAUGUAUCGUAUCACUGGCGAUACUACCUGGAUGGACAAAGGCUGGAAGAUGUUCCAGGCUACAAUCGCCGCGACUCGUACUGAAUUUGCGAACAGUGCUAUCGAAGAUGUUACGGAUAAGACGCAGAACGGCCUCAAGGACGAAAUGGAGAGUUUCUGGAUCUCCGAGACUCUCAAGUACUAUUACUUGCUCUUUUCAGAGCCCAAUGUCAUCAGCCUCGACGAGUGGGUCUUGAACACUGAAGCGCAUCCUUUCAAGAGGUCUAUAUGA